AUUGUAAUAUUUAGUGUAGCUAUAAAUUUUAGAAUCCAAAAUAAACUUCUCGCUUCUCACCAGCUGUACCUGGAUAUCAUCUUCCACCACACAUUUGAAAAUUCAAAACUAGAUAAAGGUCCGGUUUUUUCUUCUUUUUUUUUCUUUUAGAUAAAGCCAUAAAGGUCGAUUGAAAAAUAUAUAUAUAAAACGAAACACUCAACGUGUCAACCAAACAUGUCAAUCCCGCCUACAAGAGUCAUCUCCCAAUAGCGACUGGCAAUCAUGGGAGUCACUUUGUCAAGCACCACAAUCCUAUGUUCUGGAAAUCAGAAAUCAGCGUCUCUUGCAAUAUUUUCCUUGUGCCUACCUAACCCCAACUUCAUAACAGGAAUAUGUUUCAUUGCCUUGUUUGAAACUUAUGUUUCCGACUCCUAAUGAUUGAGGAACGAUGGCAAGCUCAAUCAUAUAGAAGUUGGAAACUUUGGGUAUUAUUUGGUAUCACAAAUUAAAGCAAAAACCUAAAAAUUUGAAAACUAAAAAGGGAAGAUGAGAGUUGAAAACUGGAAACAUUGUAAAGCCUUUAGUUUCAAGAAGAAAUUUUUUUAUAUAUAAAUUUACAUUACAAUA